AUGGCAAGCUUCACACCCGAGCUCCAAGGAGCAACGCCUCCAGUCCUGCCCCCGAAACCCGGCAGCCAUGAGACCAGUCGCAUCGCGACGCCGACGUCGAUAGCCGGCCCUACACCUUUCGAACCGGGCAGCAACCGCGUGUCGAGCUCCGUGAAUGCUGCUCCGGUGUCGAUACCGGACCCGGGCGACCAAUGGCUUCCUCAGAUCCUCCAGGAUAAGUCAAAACAAGAUCUUGCUGAGAUACUCGCCAACCCGGCACUUCUUAACGCCCUCGCCCAUUCACCCGAUUCCAUCCACCCAUCCCUCCUAGCUUCCCACCAAGCGCUUUCAUCAGCGCUCAACGAGAACAUAGAACUGGCUGGCCAGCUGACCGAUAUGGAGGCCCGGCUAGCACAUCAGCGCGCGUCCACACAGGCGCAGUUGCUUGCGACACACGCGCUAGAGAGACAGUGGCGGCAGAAGCAGUCAGACAUGGACCACGCGCUGGCGCCCUUUUCGCCAGCGGCGCUGUACCAGCAGCUCGGACAGGGGGUGCAGGAACAGGCGCUCGUGUGCCAGGCCAUGGAGGAGAGCUUCCUCGAGGGUGAAGGGGAGGGGGCGCCGGCCACCGAGAGGGAGGUUACGGACUGGGUGAGGAGGUACAGGGAAGCCAAGGUACAGUCUUAUCUACGGCAGGAGAGGAAACAGAGAUGGGACGAGGGACGGGUUGGAGGAUGGCGAUGA